AUGGCCGCGGCGCUGCCCGCCGGGCUCCCGCUGCUGCUGCUGCUGCUGGCGCCGCGCGGCCGCGCGCAGAGCUUCGGGCAGACCCGCUUCGUCUGCACCUCGGUGCCGCUGGACGGGGACGUGUGCGCCGCCACCGCGCAGGGCGCCGGCUCGGCCGAGGAGCUGAAGAGCACGGUGCUGCAGCUGCGGGAGACGGUGCUGCAGCAGAAGGAGACCAUCAUGAACCAGAAGGAGACGAUCCGCGAGCUGACGGCCAAGCUGGGCAGGUGCGAGAGCCAGAGCGUGCCGGACGCGCUGCCCGGCGAGCCCAAGGGCGGCGGGGCCGGCAGGAGGCAGCCCGGCUUCGCCAAGAACACCAUGGGGGACCUGUCCCGGGCGCCGGCCGCGGAGACCCUGAGCCAGCUGGGGCAGACCCUGCAGUCCCUCAAGACCCGCCUGGAGAACCUGGAGCAGUUCAGCAGGAUGAACUCCUCCGGCCAGACCACCAACCUGAAGGACAUACUGCAGAACAAAAUCGACGACCUGGAGAAGCAGGUCCUGUCCCGGGUGAACAGCCUGGAGGAAGGCAAGUUCAACCCCAAGAACGAGUCCGAGGAGCGGGGCAAGAUCGAGAGCACCCUCACGUCGCUGCACCAACGCAUCAGCGACCUGGAGAAAGGCCAGAAGGACAACCGGCCGCCGGACAGGUUCCAGCUCACCUUCCCGCUGCGCACCAACUACAUGUACGCCAAGGUGAAGAAGAGCCUGCCCGAGAUGUACGCCUUCAGCGUCUGCAUGUGGAUCAAGUCCAGCGCCUCCCCCGGCAUGGGCACCCCCUUCUCCUACGCCGUGCCCGGGCAGGCCAACGAGCUGGUGCUCAUCGAGUGGGGCAACAACCCCAUGGAGAUCCUCAUCAAUGACAAGGUGGCCAAGCUGCCCUUUGUCAUCAACGACGGCAAGUGGCACCACAUCUGCGUCACCUGGACCACGCGGGACGGCGUGUGGGAGGCCUACCAGGACGGCACGCAGACAGGCAGCGGCGAGAACCUGGCACCCUACCACCCCAUCAAGCCCCAGGGCGUCCUGGUGCUGGGCCAGGAGCAGGACACGCUGGGCGGUGGGUUCGACGCCACGCAGGCCUUCGUGGGGGAGCUGGCCCACUUCAACGUGUGGGACCGUAAGCUGAGCCCCGGCGAGGUGUACGGCCUGGCCACCUGCAGCAGCAAGGCUCUCUCGGGAAACGUCAUCGCCUGGGCCGAGGCCAACAUCGACAUCUACGGCGGGGCCACCAAGUGGACUUUCGAGGCCUGUCGCCAGCUCAACUAGGGCCACGGACAAGCGAGAGAAGCCUCCUCAUUGGGUUCUUUUAUUUUUGUUUUCCUCCUUUUUUUUCCUUUUUUUUUUUUUUUUUUUUGCGCAAAAACAACUGAGAACGAAGCCACGGGGCUGCCCGCCCCCGGAGCCCCACGACCGUCUGGUUUCUGUCUUGCCAACGUCCUUCAACGCCUGCGUGCCUUGGCCUGGCGCGGCUGCGCCCCGUCCUGCUCCCCUCUCCCCCCCCGG